AUGUCGUGGCUUACACGAAGCUCCUUCCGUCAUCCCUAUCGGUCUUUAUUCUCCGUCUUUCUCCUCUGGAAGGCCUCAUUGCUUCUCCUGGCCAUCUUGACUCCCGGUCCCGGGUAUGAUACCUCCACGACCUUAUUUCCAUGGCACAAGAACACAAAUGAAACAGAAGGAAUCAUCCCAUCCACCUUAAGGCGGAUAUCUACCAAGUUGACAAGAUGGGAUUCCAUUUACUUUACUGAAGCGGCCAGACGAGGCCAUCUCUUGGAGCAAGAAUGGGCAUUCAGUUAUGCUUUCUCCAAAUUCAUUAAUCUAUUGGCCAGUGGCUUUACAAACAUUGGGGCUAUCCCCUAUGAAUUUAAGCAUAGUGCACUCGGUAUUGCCAUUUCCCACGCAGCUCAUGCCAUCUCGGUGGUAGUUCUCUAUCGUUUGGCAUGCACUCUAUUCCCUGGAGCGCAAGGACGCAAGCUAGCUUUUAUCGCAGCAUGCCUGCACAUUAUCUCGCCUGCUGGACUUUUCCUAUCUGCUCCCUGCACGGAGAGCACGUAUUCUCUCUUAAGCUUCACGGGCACUCUUCUCUUUGCUCAAAGUUUUGGUGCUCGCGGCGUCUCCACCAGCAUCAAAGAUAGCCUCCUAGUGCUUGCGGGUAUCCUGUACGGCUUAUCCACCGCUGUUCGUGGAAAUGGUCUGCUCAAUGGCAUCGUUCUUUUCGAAGAAGCAUGUCGAAUCUUGUAUUCGUUGACGCAAGGCUUCAGCUAUGCCAAGUUUCUUCGCCUGGUUGCGGUCGGUCUCGGAGGUAUCUGCACAGGGCUCGGGUUCGUGUUGCCGCAAUAUGUAGCCUACCAGCACUUCUGUGCCACCCACGAAGACCCGUCAAGAGAAUGGUGUCAUCGAACUAUACCCAGUAUAUACAGCUUCGUUCAAGACCAUUACUGGGACAAUGGCUUUCUUCGAUAUUGGACUCUUUCCAACGUGCCAUUGUUCGCACUGGCUAGUCCAAUGUUGGUCAUCUUGGUGUACUCUGCCAUCUGGACGCUCGGGGUGGAUUCUAGGCGGAGGGAAACACCCACGAAUACAACGCAGCCAGGGUCCCCGACCGGCCAACUGACAGGUCGUCUAAUGCGUAGCCUGGCAGCUCCUCAGAUUACCCUUGCCGUCAUGGUGUUUUUCUGCAAUCAUGUGCAGAUCAUCACACGAUUGGCCUCUGGUUACCCAGUGUGGUAUAUAUGGACAGCAACUUUAAUCAUGAACAGGUACACUGGUCCUUCAACUGCAUCGAAGCGGCAGCUGGAGGAGAAGACCAAUGACCGAAAUAGUUAUUGGCAGAUAAUUGUUCAGUACAUGGUGAUAUACGCUGCUGUGCAGGGCGUGCUUUUUGCAGCGUUUCUUCCUCCGGCCUAG